AUGCAUUGGCUGAAGCACCGGCGCGAGGCUCAGCGGGAGGCACGCAUCAAAGCAUCCCUCGAGGCAUCCCUCGAGGUACGACAAAAGUCACGUGCUGAGGCAUCCCUCAAGGCAUCCUUCGAGGCAUCCCUCGAGGCUCGACGCAAGGCUCGCGUCGCGGUACGCGUCAAGGUACGCGCCGAGGUACGCGCACAGGUUUGCGCCCACGCUCAUUUCAACUCUCGGGGCGAGAGUGACCGCGAGCGAUCCGCCAAGGCUCGCGGCUAG